AUGUCCGCUCUCCAGGACCGCUUGGUCGUGGACAACACGAUGGGGGCCUCUAUGAUUGGAGUUAUCUGUGCAUCCGUUCUUUACGGCGUUUCUUGCGUUCAGACCUGGUAUUACUUCAACCAUUACCGGAAGGAUGUUUGGUACAUUAAAUCUUUGGUCGGAGCCGUGUGGAUGUUCGACACCAUCCACCAGAUACUCAUCUCACACACCGUUUAUUACUACGUGAUAACGAACUACAACAACCCCUCCAUUCUCAAUCGCCUCGUUUGGAGCAUCUUGCUCGAGGUCCUAUUCAACGGAUUCAUUGGAUUACUUGUUCAAGGCUUUCUGACCUUGCGCGUUUGGAAACUGAGUGACGAGAACAUUCCGCUCACGGUAGUCAUUUCGCUUCUGGUUCUUGCUGAAUUCGCUUGCUCAGCUGCAUUCACCGUCGAGUCGCUGAAGCUUCGGACUUGGGAAGACCUUGGAAGUUUGAAAGGACUUUCAAUCUCGGUGAACAUCAUCGGCGUUGUGGCCGAUGUUGUCAUCGCAGGAGCGCUGUUCUAUUUCCUUCAGAGAUCGCGGACAGGUUUCAAGAAGUCAGACUCUAUGAUUAGUAGACUGAUUUUGGCAUGGGGUCAGACCCUUAUUUAUGUCGCCUUCUACUUCAGCAUCGGGCGUUUGUAUAGCAAUUCUGUUCUUGCCACAUUGAAUGCUCGAAAGAGUAUACGGGGCCUUGGUGAAGACAGUGACGAACUUUCCUUCUCUCUUCAAUCAUUCCCGAAAUCAGGUUCUAGGCCACUGACAUCGAGCCGGCCUACGAAUAUUUCCAUCAAGAUUGAUACAAUGCAGGAGUUCCCUGCUACUGAAAGUCAAACUCAAGAACCUGAAUCAGCCGUAACUGACGGCUCGUUUUAG